AUGCAAUACCAAUGCGUGGGUCGCCUGGGACGGUCUAUGGCCCCUUGGCACACGUCGCGUCCACCGACACUCCGACGAGUGGUCAUCGCUCGCGCCAGCCCUGAGAAGAGCAGCACCGACGAGAUGAAGGGCGGACUGGACCCCUACUUAGAAGUUGCCGUUCCCAAGGACCAGCGACCUGUGAAUCAGCUGGCGGAGUUAAAACAAGACCCGCUCUACAGUUGGAUGAACUGCGGGACAGCUCAUUCUGCGUCAUCUGCGAUGUUGACCUAUCGGCUUCCUCGAGUGGAGCCAACCCGUGUUUGGGUUGUUCGAGUUACGUGUCCCACAUUCCGUGUACCCCCCACCCGUGUGCGUCCCGGCCCUCACCCGGUUCAGCCCCUGGAGUGGUUCCUCAGCGGCACGACGGGCGCCCUGGUGGUGGUGGCGGUGGUGGUCAUCCGCAUCUACCUGGGCUGGAGCUACGUGGGGGACCGGCUGCUGUCAGCAGCGGUGCCGUAUGAGGAAACAGGCUGGUACGACGGGGAGAUGUUCGUUAAACCCCCCGAGGUGCUGAUGCGCGACCGGCUGCUGGGCACGUACGAGGUGAAGCCCGUGCUGAGCAAGCUGAGGACCACCCUGCUCGGGAGUGCGGGGCUGCUGCUGACCACCGCCGUACUGCUGUUUGGGCUCAUAAAGGCGGGCUCAGAUGCAGACGGGAUGUACGGCCGUGGAGCCGCUCGCGUUCCCCGACAGGUGCUGUCCGACGGCGUGCUGUACUCAGCCCGGGUUAGCGACUUGGCGCAGCUGGCCACCGAUGAUGAGGCGGCGGCGGCGGAGGCCGAGGCUCAGGGCUCCAUACCCGGGUAUUGCGGGGACCGGGCGCUGAGGGCGUUCGCGGGGGGGCAGUACUGCACCAAGUUCGACCGCUGA